GUUUAAAGAUCAAUAUUUAAUUAAUAAGGUGGCAGGUGAUGUGCAUUCCUUAAAUAACUAUCAUUUUUUACUUUACAUGUGUUUGAUUUAACUUUAAAUUAACAGGAAAGGCUCUGGUUGAGGUUGAAAUGUGGGUUGAUUAAAUGCUACAACGGCCUGCCCUACACCUGUCGGACCACUGAGGGGAGAGAGCGCGAGGACAGGGAUGCAGAGGCGCGAGAGGAUGCGAGCCGAGCUGUAGCCCAGCGGACCGUCUGUCCCGAUGUUCCGGUGUCCCGGCAGACUCUUCCCGCUCCUCCGCCGUCCUCCCAGCUCGUCUGAAGGCUCCGAAACCAGACCAGGUGAGAUGGGGAACGGUUCGAUGAAAUCAAAGCGUUACAAACACUCCGACGGUUCAGCUCCAGCUUCCAACGGCCAGCUCCACAAAGACCACCGGGGUGGGUCCAAGAGGUCCUCGCUGGACUCCCUGAGGGUCCGAGUGGAGGAGCUGGAGCGAGAAGUGAAGAGGAAGGACGAGGAGCUGGGCGCCAAAGAGCAGCAGAUCAAAGGUCUCCAGGACCACGUGGCCAAACAGACCCGGGUCCUGUCGGAGCUGAGCGAGGAGCUGCAGAACAAGUGCAUCCAGCUAAACAAGCUGCAGGACGUGGUGAAGAGCGGGGGCCCCGCAGGGCUCCCGUCUCGGCCCCCUUCUGUUAAAGCCAGCAGCAGGAGCAGCCCAAAUCUCAGCGUCCGAAUCAAAGAGAGCCUGAACAGGAGGAGAGGAGCUAAAGCCGGGGUAUCAGCCGAACCCACGUCCAGCAGCCUUCCGAAGUUCUCUUUUGAGAAGGCUCGGGUACCGAAGGACGCAAGCGUAAAGAAGCUCCUGACAGACGCUUUGAACAAGAACCAGUACCUGAAGAGGCUGGAGCAGCAGCAGAUCAAAGACAUGGUGGAGUGCAUGUACGAGCGCACGUACCAGCAGGGAGAAUACGUCAUUCAGCAAGGAGAGCCGGGGAACCACCUGUUCAUCCUGGCUGAGGGGAAGCUGGAUGUGUUUCAACAAAGCAAACUGCUCACAUCGAUAGCAGUGUGGACCACGUUUGGAGAAUUAGCCAUCCUGUACAACUGCACACGGACAGCAUCGGUGCGAGCCGUGAACAAAGUGAGAACAUGGGCUUUGGACCGGGAGGUCUUCCAGAACAUCAUGAGGAGGACGGCCGAGACGCGACACGAGCAGUACCGCAACUUCCUCCGAAGUGUUUCUCUCUUGGCCAAUCUGCCGGAGGACAAGCUAAGCAAAAUCGUGGACUGCCUGGAGGUGGAAUACUAUGACAAAGGAGAGUACGUCAUCCGGCAGGGAGAGGAGGGCAGCACCUUCUACAUCAUUGCACAGGGGAAGGUGAACGUGACUCAAACCACCGAGGCCCACAAGAUGCCACAGAUCAUCAACACGCUGCAGACCGGAGACUACUUUGGAGAGAAAGCACUCAUAAGUGAUGAUGUGAGGUCAGCCAAUAUCAUCGCUGAUGACAACGGUGUGGAGUGUCUGGUCAUCGACAGGGAGACGUUUGAUCAGACGGUGGGCAACUUCAAUGAGCUGCAGACACACCUGCAGGGCUACGUGGCCACGCUCGACCGCGACGACAAGAAGAGACACACAAAGAAGUCCAUCUCACGGCACCAGAGCCAGCCUCUGUCUCCUGGUUUCAUCCAGCUGAAGGACAUGGUGUCGGGUUUUUCUCCAUCCAGACCCUUCGAUCACCUCGACGUCGUGGCUACACUCGGUGUUGGAGGGUUUGGACGAGUUGAACUGGUGAAGGUGAAAGGUGAAGACGUCACCUUUGCUCUGAAGAUCAUCAAGAAGAAGCACGUUGUGGAGAACAGGCAGGAGGAGCACAUCCACUCUGAGAGGAGGAUCCUGGCCGAGGCUCGCUCUCCAUUUAUUGUCAAGUUGUAUCGCACCUUCAAGGAUAAUAAAUACGUGUACAUGCUGCUGGAGGUGUGUCUGGGAGGAGAGAUCUGGAGUCUGCUCAGAGACCGGGGAAGCUUCGACGAGCCCACCGCUAAGUUCUGCGUGGGCUGUGUGACCGAAGCCUUCGAGUAUCUCCACCGGAAAGGUGUCCUCUACAGAGACCUGAAGCCGGAGAACCUGAUGCUGGACUCUGACGGCUACAUCAAACUGGUUGACUUUGGUUUUGCCAAGAAGAUCCGGUCGGGUCAGAAGACCUGGACCUUUUGUGGAACACCGGAGUACGUGGCUCCGGAGAUCAUCCUGAACAAGGGCCACAACUUCAGCGUGGACUUCUGGGCCCUGGGCAUCCUGGUGUUUGAGCUUCUUACUGGCAGUCCUCCCUUCUCAGGAAGUGACCAGAUGAUGACCUACACCUUCAUCCUGAAAGGCAUCGAAAAGAUGGACUUCCCCAAAAAGAUCAGCAAGAGACCCGAGGACCUGAUCCGCAAGCUGUGCAGGAGGAACCCUGCAGAGCGACUGGGAAACCUGAAAAAUGGAAUAACUGACAUCAAGAAGCACAGAUGGUUUAAUGGUUUCAACUGGGAGGGGCUGAAGGUGAAGACGCUGCAGUCUCCCCUCAGAAGAGAGCUCAGUGGACCGGCUGAUUUCAGCUACUUUGACAACUACCCUGCAGAUGAAGACAGUCCUCCUGACGAGCUGUCCGGCUGGGACCUGGACUUCUGAGGACCCCAGAGGCGACUCCAGGCCUCUGAGCCACAGAGCAGGUGUGCAGUUGCUGCCAAACAGCUGGAUUUACCUUCAGCACCGUUAAAAACCUCGAUUUGCUUUAAGUAAUCCUCUUUAUUGUGCAUUCUUUAAAACUUGACCAAAACAGCUGGAAGUUUGUCAUUUUCUCACUUUGCAGACUGAAACUCUGACAUGAGUCUGUUCUUUUCUGACUCCAGAUGUAUUUUGUGUAGAAAUAAUUGAAUGUUUAGUUUUGGGAGACGUUUGUAACGAUACUGAAAAAACAGAUAAACAACUGACCUCCACAACACCUCCAAACAUUCUGGUGUAGGUGGGCCGGGUCAUUGAUCUGCAUGACUGGACUGGAUCACGUGACUUAUCGUGCGCUGCUCAGCUGCCAUUGUUCUGCGUUGUUUUGACUCAGGAACAUCCAUGAAUGGUGGUAAAAAGGAGAUGCAGCAGACAAGGACGAACAAAAAGGAGCAACAUUUGCCAUAAAUUAUCAAAACUACAACAAGAUCAAAGUUUAUCACAUUUCACAGUCAUUAAAAUAUUUUUAAUUUAAAAAAAAUGUCAGAGAUGCAGAAAGGAGGUCAGUUAUUAUGUUAGAUUUUGUCAAUUUUAUGUCAGGUAAGCCCACGAAAAGACAAAUUUGCUGUUCUAACAAAUUAUUAUAUUUUUUAUUAAUAUUAUUUUUAUGUUAGGAUAACAGGAAGGUUGUAAAUAUGAUAACAGUAAAAUUACCUUUACUAUUACUAGGAUGAACUGUGUAGAUC